AUGGCUUCUCCCCGCCCCAACUUCGGUGCUCAAGGCUACCCUAUCCCGAAUGGUGCGGCUGCGGGCCCUGUCCCCGGUGCCACGCCGCUUCUCCCAAACAAUGGCCGAGUGAUUCAGAGCGGUCCGACACGGAUCUUGUGCAUUGCAGACGUGCGAGGCAACUUGAAGUCUCUUAACGAGCUCGCGAAGCAGGCCCGCGCCGACCACAUCAUUCACACUGGUGACUUUGGUUUCUACGAUGACACUUCCCUCGAGCGAAUUGCGGACAAGACAUUGAAGCAUGUGGCACAAUAUUCCCCCCUCCUCCCCGAGAACGUGAAACGGUCCAUCGCACAGGUAUCUCCCCAGCAGUCAAUUAAGCAACGCUUCCCGCCCGAGCAAUUGCCCCUCUCAGAGCUCUCUAUGCUACUGGACAAACGCAUUACCCUUGAUGUCCCAGUUUACACAGUUUGGGGUGCCUGCGAAGAUGUGCGCGUGCUGGAGAAGUUCCGCUCGGGUGAAUACAAGGUAGAUAAACUUCACAUUAUCGAUGAAGCCAACUCGCGCCUUCUCGAUAUCGGCGGUGUGAAGCUCCGUCUGCUAGGUCUGGGGGGUGCCGUCGUGAUGCAUAAGCUAUUCGACAAUGGUGAAGGAAAGACGACUAUUGCCGGCGGCCAAGGUACCAUGUGGACCACACUUUUGCAGAUGGGCGAACUCAUUGACACUGCGAACCGUGUCUACGACCCCUCCGAGACUCGUGUCUUCGUCACUCACGCUUCCCCUGCCCGCGAGGGCAUGCUGAACCAGCUUUCAGUUACACUCAAGGCCGAUUUCUCCAUUUCGGCUGGCCUUCAUUUCCGUUACGGGUCCUCGUACAAUGAGUUCUCCGUGAACCCGUCUUUGGACCACUAUCGCGGCAAGCUUGCUGCCUCCAAGGCGUCAUUCAACGAUGUCUGGGAGACGGUCCGAAUUGAGGUCGAGGCAGCUAUCUCCUCUAACGAUGGUCAGAAGACACUCCUAGAGAAUGCCCUGGAUGUUGUCCACAAGAUGCCUUCCAUUGCCAAUGGCGGUAAUCCGUUCGGCGGCCCCGUUGCUGCUGGUAAUGCUGCUGGACAGGUCGACGAGAGCGCAUUCAAGAAUAUGUGGAACUUCAACUUGGCGGACGCCGCGUUCGGAUAUCUCGUACUGGAGGUUGAAGGUGGACGCAUUGCGACGGAGAUGCGGGCUCAGGGAUUCAACUUUGCACACCGCACUGGCAAACCCCAGGCAGGUGGUGCCCCUCAACCUGUCUCCAGCGGUCUCCCAGCGACCACUGCCUCACCCGCCCCGACAGGCGCUGCCCGAACCCCCGUCGUGGCUCCCCAGUUCGGCCAAGCCCCUCCCGCACGUGCACCUAUUCCUCAGGGCCAGAAGGGACCAAGAGCCUCCCCUGUUCCCGUGAUUCCUAAGACGAUCAGUCCUCAGCCACCUGUCGCCGCCUCUGCUCAGCCCGCCGGGGAAGAAAAGACCGCAGCUUCCGACACUAACGGCACCGCCCCGCACGAAAAGCCAAGUGAAUCGCCUGCACCUCGGACCGAGAAGAAGCCCUCAAAUGCUCUUUUCGUAACAAGCGCCGAAAGCGAACUGGCUGUCCGUGACCUCAUCUCUGAGGAGGACAGAUCGAAGAUUAGCAAGAUCGAAAAGAUCGGCAAGUACAACCACGUUGUGACAUUCCCGGGCGCCGAAGAGGCCAAGGCGGCUAUGGACCACCUGCCUAUUGAGCUGAAGAAGUCCGGUCCCACUCCCCAUGGUCAGCCACGAAAGCCCAACUUCAAGUUCUUUGAGGACCGCGGCGCCCGUGCUGCUGUCGGCAAUGCCGGAACUUGGCAGUCCAGCAACCGGGGUGGCAUCAAUCCCGGCCAGCGUGCUGGGUACCAGAGCGCCAGUGACAGCGACGGUGGUCGCCGUGGUGGAUUCGGUGGCCGCGGCCGCGGCGGCCGCGGCAGUGGCGAGCGAGGCCGUGGUGGUCGUGGAGGAGGUCGGGGUGGCUUCAAGAGCGGCUCAAAUGACUCUUCUGCCCCCUCGGGCGACAAGCCUGUCGCACCCAGCGACGCCUGA